GAGCCAUCAGCUGUCCCCAGGUCUCUGAGAGCUCUGUAGGUGGCCUCCAGCCUUCUUCUCCGGGGUCAGUAGAUACAGACGUCGGCGAGGAUGCCACGGAACCAGGGUUUCUCCGACCCCGAGUACUCGGCUGAGUACUCAGCCGAGUAUUCGGUCAGCCUGCCCUCUGACCCUGACCGCGGGGUGGGCCGGACCCAUGAAAUCUCCGUCCGAAACUCGGGGUCCUGCCUGUGCCUGCCUCGCUUCAUGCGCCUGACCUUCGUGCCCGAAUCCUUGGAGAACCUCUACCAGACCUACUUCAAAAGGCAGCGUCACGAGACCCUGCUGGUGCUGGUGGUGUUCGCAGCCCUCUUCGACUGCUACGUGGUGGUCAUGUGCGCCGUGGUCUUCUCCAAAGACACGCUGGCGGCCCUCAUCGUCGCCGGGAUCGGGCUGGUGUUGGACAUCCUCCUCUUCGUGCUCUGCAAAAAAGCGCUGCUCCCCGAUCGGGUCACCCGCAAAGUGGUGCCCUACCUGCUGUGGCUGCUGAUCACAGCGGAGAUCUUCUCCUACCUGGGCCUGAACUUCGCCCGCGCCCACGCCGCCAGUGACACGGUGGGCUGGCAGGCCUUCUUUGUCUUCUCCUUCUUCAUCACGCUGCCCCUCAGCCUCAGCCCCAUUGUGAUCCUCUCUGUGGUCUCCUGCGUGGUGCACACGCUCGUCUUGGGGGUCACCGUGGCCCAGCAGCAGCAAGACCAGCUGAAGGGAAUCCAGCUGCUGAGGGAGGUGCUGGCCAACGUCUUCCUCUACCUGUGUGCCAUCGUCGUGGGCGUCAUGUCCUACUACAUGGCCGACCGCAAGCACCGCAAAGCCUUCCUGGAGGCCCGCCAGUCGCUGGAGGUGAAGAUGAACCUGGAGGAGCAGAGCCAGCAGCAGGAGAACCUCAUGUUGUCCAUCCUGCCCAAGCACGUGGCCGACGAGAUGCUGAAGGACAUGAAGAAGGACGACAGCCAGAAGGACCAGCAGCAGUUCAGCACCAUGUACAUGUACCGACACGAGAACGUCAGCAUCCUCUUUGCCGACAUCGUGGGCUUCACCCAGCUGUCCUCUGCCUGCAGUGCCCAGGAGCUGGUGAAGUUGCUCAACGAGCUCUUUGCCCGCUUCGACAAGCUGGCGGCGAAAUACCACCAGCUCCGGAUUAAGAUCUUGGGGGACUGCUACUACUGCAUCUGUGGCCUGCCUGACUAUCGCGAGGACCACGCCGUCUGCUCCAUCCUCAUGGGCCUGGCCAUGGUGGAAGCUAUUUCGUACGUGCGGGAGAAGACCCAGACCGGGGUGGACAUGCGUGUGGGCGUGCACACGGGGACAGUGCUGGGGGGCGUCCUGGGCCAGAAGCGCUGGCAAUACGACGUGUGGUCCACCGAUGUCACCGUGGCCAACAAGAUGGAGUCUGGCGGCAUCCCAGGGUGGGCCCUGCCAAACGGAGCGCCCCAUUCAAAGCCCGCCUCCCCGGCCCUCAUUGAGACCAAGGAGCCCAACGGGAACCCGGCCGGGCCCCCAGCCGAGGAGGGCGAGGACCGGGAUGGCCAGGCAGACAACCCCUCGUUCCCCAACCCUCGCCGGAGGCUGCACCUGCAGGACCUGGCCGACCGCGUGGUGGACGCCUCCGAGGACGAGCACGAGCUCAACCAGCUGCUCAACGAGGCCCUGCUGGAGCGGGAGUCGGCCCAGGUAGUCAAGAAGAGGAACACCUUCCUGCUGUCCAUGCGCUUCAUGGACCCUGAGAUGGAGACCCGCUACUCGGUGGAGAAGGAGAAGCAGAGCGGCGCGGCCUUCAGCUGCUCGUGUGUCGUGCUGCUCUGCGCCGCCCUGGUGCAGGUCCUCAUCGACCCCGGGCUGAUGACAAACUACGUGACCUUUGUGGUGGGGGAGCUCCUGCUCCUGGUCCUGACCAUCUGCUCCAUGGCUGCCAUCUUUCCCCGGGCCUUUCCUAAGAAGCUCGUGUCCUUCUCCACCUGGAUCGACCGGACCCGUUGGGCCAGGAACACCUGGGCCAUGUUGGCCAUCUUCAUCCUGGUCAUGGCCAACGUGGUGGACAUGCUGAGCUGUCUCCAGUACUACGUGGGGCCCAGCAACAGGACGGCAGGGAUGGAGGAGGCGCUGUACGGCUGCAUGGAGAACCCCAAGUAUUACAACUACGUGGCUGUGUUGUCCCUCAUCGCCACCAUCAUGCUGGUGCAGGUCAGCCACAUGGUGAAGCUCACCCUCAUGCUGCUGGUCACAGGCGCGGUGGCCGCCAUCAACCUCUAUGCCUGGUGCCCCAUCUUUGACGAGUAUGACCACCGGCGCUUUCAGGAGCACGAAUUCCCCAUCGUCACCUUGGAGAAGAUGCAGGUGCUGCCCACGCCCGUGCUCAAUGGGACCGACUGGCUGAUGACAAACUACGUGACCUUUGUGGUGGGGGAGCUCCUGCUCCUGGUCCUGACCAUCUGCUCCAUGGCUGCCAUCUUUCCCCGGGUGGAAAAGCUGGCGCGGACCCUGUUCUUGUGGAAGAUCGAGGUCCACGACCAGAAGGAGCGUGUGUACGAGAUGCGGCGCUGGAACGAGGCCUUGGUCACCAACAUGCUGCCCGAGCAUGUGGCCCGCCACUUCCUGGGCUCUAAGAAGAGGGACGAGGAGCUGUACAGCCAGUCCUACGAUGAGAUCGGAGUCAUGUUUGCCUCCCUGCCCAACUUCGCCGACUUCUACACAGAGGAGAGCAUCAACAACGGCGGCAUCGAGUGCCUGCGCUUCCUCAACGAGAUCAUCUCCGACUUCGACUCCCUCCUGGACAACCCCAAAUUCCGCAUCAUCACCAAGAUCAAAACCAUCGGCAGCACCUACAUGGCCGCUUCAGGAGUCACCCCAGAUGUCAACACCAACGGCUUCACUGGCUCCAAUAAGGAAGAGAAGUCGGAGAAGGAGCGCUGGCAGCACCUGGCUGACCUGGCCGACUUUGCACUGGCCAUGAAGGACACGCUCACCAACAUCAACAACCAGUCCUUCAAUAAUUUCAUGCUGCGUAUAGGCAUGAACAAAGGAGGGGUACUGGCUGGGGUCAUUGGAGCCCGGAAACCACACUACGACAUCUGGGGUAACACAGUCAACGUGGCCAGCAGGAUGGAGUCCACGGGGGUCAUGGGCAACAUUCAGGUGGUGGAAGAGACCCAGACCAUCCUGCGGGAGUAUGGCUUCCGCUUUGUGCGGCGGGGCCCCAUCUUUGUCAAGGGCAAGGGCGAGCUGCUUACCUUUUUCCUGAAGGGGCGCGACAAGCCCGCCGCCUUCCCACAGGGCCCUGUGGUCACACUGCCCCACCAGGUGGUGGAUAACUCCUGAGGGGCCUCUGGCCUGCCAUGGCCCGCCCACGGAGGGAGGGUUUCUCUUUCGGAACCAGAGAAGUCUUGGGAAAGGACAGUCCCGACAUCCCCACACUGUUGAAGCACAUUCCCAUAGACUUAGGGUUAACCACCUCCCCAAGCCUUCCUAUGCGUGGACAAGAGAACUCCGAGGGCGGCCACCGUCCCCAGGAUGCCUGCAGCUUCUCCCGCCUGGGGAGAGCAGCCCACCCAGAACCCGCUCCAGCCAGCACCUUCCCGAGAGCCCUGGCCACCAAGCGGUUGGCUGGUCCUUGUCAGACAUGGCCCAGAGGGAGGGCCGCACAGCCGGGGGGCAGGUGUCCAUGAGAAGCAGCGCGCUCUCUCUGAAGAGCCCCAGUGGGGACCGCCUUGGGGUCCGCGUUAGGUUACAUGGCCCUAGUCCCGCCGUUCCUGAUAAUCUUGAAAGGUUCUUCCUGAACCCGUCACCUUAGUCCUGAGAGCAGAAAGUGCAAUAUUUCCUUUGACCUGGUGGGAGGGGGAUCUAUUUCCGAGAGAAAAAAAUAUAUACACAGAUCUUCUACAUUUAUAUUUUUAACUUUCUGUUGAAAACACUUUCCAAUAUGGCCUUGCCUCUGAGCUCUGCUACAGUCGCCUUUGCUACUGCUUUAAACGGGAACUUACAGGUGUGGAUUAAAAAAAACAACAACAGACUGUUUUAUUAAAGCUUUAUUCAACUUGA